CUAUCGCGAUAUAUCGAUUCCGCUUUGACAGCUGCCAACUGCGGUCACACCACGUGUCAAACGAGGCUUCCUGGACUGAGCGCUGCCGAACGCUCGUUCACUUUGUUCGAAUCCGUCGCCGCUUAGACUUCGUGAUUUCUCAUUCAGCUUAUUCGAGACCAUAGUGUAAUCAUCCAACAUGGGCAAGGAAAAGAUUCACAUCAACAUUGUCGUUAUCGGACACGUCGAUUCCGGCAAGUCGACCACCACCGGUCACUUGAUCUACAAGUGCGGUGGCAUCGACAAGCGUACGAUCGAGAAGUUCGAGAAGGAGGCCCAGGAGAUGGGAAAGGGCUCCUUCAAGUACGCAUGGGUUUUGGAUAAGUUGAAGGCCGAGCGCGAGCGUGGUAUCACCAUCGAUAUCGCCCUGUGGAAGUUCGAGACCGCCAAGUACUACGUGACCAUCAUUGAUGCCCCCGGACACAGGGAUUUCAUCAAGAACAUGAUCACCGGUACCUCGCAGGCCGAUUGCGCCGUGCUGAUUGUUGCCGCCGGAACCGGAGAAUUCGAGGCCGGUAUCUCGAAGAACGGCCAGACCCGCGAGCACGCCCUGCUCGCCUUCACCCUGGGUGUGAAGCAGCUGAUCGUUGGUGUGAACAAGAUGGACUCGUCCGAGCCACCAUACAGCGAGGCCCGUUAUGAGGAAAUCAAGAAGGAGGUCUCCUCGUACAUCAAGAAGAUCGGUUACAACCCCGCUGCCGUCGCUUUCGUGCCCAUCUCCGGCUGGCACGGCGACAACAUGUUGGAACCCUCCACCAACAUGAACUGGUUCAAGGGAUGGAAGGUGGAGCGCAAGGAUGGCAACGCCGAUGGCAAGACCCUGAUCGAUGCCCUCGACGCUAUCCUGCCCCCAGCCCGUCCCACCGACAAGGCCCUGCGUCUGCCCCUGCAGGAUGUGUACAAAAUUGGCGGUAUUGGAACAGUACCCGUGGGCCGUGUGGAGACCGGUGUGCUGAAGCCCGGUACCGUUGUGGUCUUCGCCCCGGCCAACAUCACCACUGAGGUCAAGUCCGUGGAGAUGCACCACGAGGCCCUCGUGGAGGCUGUUCCCGGAGACAACGUUGGCUUCAACGUCAAGAACGUGUCCGUGAAGGAGCUGCGUCGUGGCUACGUUGCCGGUGACUCCAAGUCGAACCCCCCCAAGGGCGCCGCCGACUUCACCGCCCAGGUCAUCGUCCUGAACCACCCCGGUCAGAUCGCCAACGGCUACACCCCCGUGCUGGAUUGCCACACCGCUCACAUUGCUUGCAAGUUCGCUGAGAUCAAGGAGAAGGUCGACCGUCGUUCCGGCAAGACCACCGAGGAGAACCCCAAGUUCAUCAAGUCUGGCGAUGCUGCCAUCGUCAACCUGGUGCCCUCCAAGCCCCUGUGCGUGGAGUCCUUCCAGGAGUUCCCCCCUCUGGGUCGUUUCGCUGUGCGUGACAUGAGGCAGACCGUGGCUGUCGGUGUCAUCAAGUCUGUCAACUUCAAGGACGCUUCCGGUGGCAAGGUCACCAAGGCCGCCGAGAAGGCCACCAAGGGCAAGAAGUAGCUGGCUUGCACCCACUCAGAAACAGCAACAACAAACAACAGCAGCAAGCAAAUAACCAACAUCAUAAUGCAGCCAACAACACCACUCAACAAUACCAGCAACAGCAGCAGCAAGCACAAUAGUAGUCUAACAGCAACACCUGUCCUGCGCAAGAUGACCGAUAAGAUGAUUUUCCAGCAGAAGCAAAAGUUUAAUUUCUUCCAUCGAAAGGAGUUUCGACGGAUACGAAUGCUAAAUGUAGUCGAGGGCGGCUAAAAUUGGGAAACGGUGUGGAUCCCAAGGAAGAGUGCAGACUGGGACAAAACGCAUGCAUUUAUGCAUCCACUCCUCCUCCAUCUCCCCCCGUCGAUCUUUAGUUUACUACAUAUGAUAUGAUAAGGAGUUGACUUCGUAAUGGUAUCAUAUCUAGAUAUCCUUUGUAGCAUUUAUAUCGUUUAAAUUAACCUUUUACUUUGAUAUGUAUCAUUUAUCUUACCCUAUUUUUGCACACACUACUUUGUACACAUGAAAAACAACCAGAAUAGAAGCGAUAACUUUAUUUACAAAAAAUAAAAA